AUGCACGACGACUCCACUAUUGAUCCAUAUACCAACAAACCUGAAAUAAUUCUAGAUUAUAAUAUGACCAAAGGGGGUGUGGACACAGUGGACAAAAUGUGCAAUACUUAUUCUGUUGGAAGAAGAACAAAAAGGUGGCCAUUGGCUUUCUUCUUUCAGUUGCUAAAUAUAGCAGGCAUCAAUAGCCAAAUUUUGUAUAACGGCACUCACCCUGAAUCUCCUCACAAGUCCAGAAGAAUUUUCCUGAAAACUCUUGCUCUGUCAUUGAUGAAACCUUUUCUUUCUGAAAGAGCUGCAAUACCUACGUUACCUAUAGAUAUCAGACAUUUCCUAUCCAGAUAUAGACAAACUCAAAUGGAUGAAGAAGAGGAGCCACCCAGAAAAAUUAGAGGAAGAUGCUCCAUCUGCGCCCGAAAAAAAAAUAGAGUUACCACAAUUACAUGCAGCAUUUGUCACCAGUUAGUAUGUAAAGAGCAUAGUGUCAACGUUAUCACCUGCCACAAAUGUAAGGAAGGCGGAUCCCAUAGGCCAUAUCAACCAAAUUUGAACAUAUCAAAAGAGACACUUAGUAAACCAGGUCCUUCCGAAAUCAAAAUAAAUACUGACUCAAAUCAGUUGCCCAUACUAACAGAAAGAAAAUCAUCAACGGACUUUGUAAACUUACUACCUGAAGACGUUGUACCUUACCCAAAAGCAAAACCAAGAAAAGCUACCAAUAAAGGAAGAAAGCGUGGCAAAACCAUGAUUGCAACAGACACUCCGGAAAAAGAACGGUUAAAAAAUGAAAAGAAAGUCUCCUUUAAACGUCGUAUAAAUAUAGAAGAAACAAAUGAACAAAAUAAAGACAAAUCAAAAAAAUUAAAAGUAAGGAGGCAGAAGAAGAAUCAGCAAAGGAAACAAGUUCAAUAUUCAUCUUCUGAAGAGGAGGACGAUGUAGUUCAUCUUGUAGAAACUGAUGAUGAGGACAGCAAUGACGAGGAGUGCCUUUUUUGCAAUGAAUCGUUCAAAAAUGACACUCAUGGAGAGCAAUGGAUCCGAUGCAUGUCCUGCUUAGGAUGGGCCCACGAACUCUGUGCUGCAACUAAAGAAGGGUGCAAAAUAUAUAUUUGUGAUUUUUGUGUUAAACGCUGA